AUGGCCAGCGAUCUGGGAAACAUUGGCUUCGUAUACACUGGAGCGGAAGUGAGAGUUAAGUUACAAAACUUCUGCAACAAAUACAGGAAAGAAAGGACAAAAGUUGGUCCGUCGGGUGGCUCUCCAUCUACGUGGAAGCUGUAUAAUGCCGUCCAUGAAGCCCUUGGAUGCCACAAGAGUUACUGCGCUGACGAGUUGACGGAGGAUAGUAUUAUGGUUGAUUUUGACUGCAGCGAAGCCGAGUUUUACGACUGUAUCGAAAUCGAGACGGAUGGAGAGUCACCAACAUGUCCACCGCUCAUCAAAUGUAGACUCCAAUAG